AUGGCGAGGGCCAAAGGGAGGUCCCCGACAGAGAGGGGAGAGGGGCCGCGGGGCAGCGCGGCCAUCUUAGGAAGCCAGGGCCGACCCCGAGUCCGGCGCGGGUCUCCCGCUUGGCCGCCGCGGCCUAGGCCCCUGGGUCGGCGUGAGGCGGGCGCGGCGGUACCUGGUGGUCUCCUGAGGGGGGCCGCCGCCACCGCUCCGCUAGCUGCUGAAGCCGCUCGACACGCUCGCGGUCGGGCUGCAGCUGCAGCGGCUGGAGGGCGAAGUGAAGGAGACACCGUUCCGCCCGCCGCAACCCUGUCCGCUCCCAGCCAGGACCCCGCCGCUGCCCCCGGGGCUGUCCGCCGCGCCUGUCCCCGCAGCGCAGCCCGCUGCCAACUCCAACCUGCUCCGGAGCGGCCACGUGGACCGACAGCGCCCCGGUCCUGCAGGGUGUUGCCAGGAUAAGAGAUGAGGAGGAC